AGACUAAUAAAAAAAUGUACUAAAAUGAUAGGACAGCUGUCAGCUCUCUUUCCGUUUCCUUUUUCGUGAACGCUGCCAAAAUGAAAGCUAAGGGACAGUUGAAGGAAUACGAAGUCAUCGGCCGUAAAGUGCCAACUGAGAAGGAACCUCAAACUCCUCUCUACAAGAUGAGAAUCUUCGCCCCCGACAACAUUGUUGCCAAAUCUCGUUUCUGGUACUUCUUGCGUCAAUUGCAAAAGUUCAAGAAGACCACCGGUGAAAUCGUCUCCAUCAAACAAGUGUACGAGACCUCUCCCAUCAAAAUCAAGAACUUUGGCAUCUGGUUGCGUUACGAUUCCCGUUCCGGUACCCACAACAUGUACCGUGAAUACCGUGACUUGACUGUUGGUGGUGCUGUCACACAAUGUUACCGUGAUAUGGGUGCCCGUCAUCGUGCUCGUGCCCACUCCAUCCAAAUCAUCAAGGUUGAAUCUAUUGCCGCUAGCAAGACCCGCCGUACACAUGUCAAACAAUUCCACGACUCCAAGAUCAAGUUCCCCUUGGUACAACGUGUCCACCACAAGGGCAACAGGAAAUUGUUCUCCUACAGAAAACCCAGAACCUACUUCUUGUAAAUUGUCAUUAUAUUUUUUAAUGUCAAUCGUACAGCAGAUGAUGUGGGUUUUACUACAAUU